AAACUGUUUGUAUAAAAUGCAAAACUCUUCCAUCGAAAUAUCACAAUCAGUGAUAAGGUAGUUGAUAAUACCAGUCUAUCAGAUUGAUAUAUACUUUUGGUAACGAAAACAAUUGAUAAACUUGUAAAAUGCUAAUUAUAGAUUGUUGUUUCCUUAUUGUUAGGGCCAAUGUCCGACUUUAAUGGUAAACAAUAUUAAGCCAUUUAUUUGUCUCUUUAGUUAAUUUGAUUGUGAAGUGACCACACAAUCGAACAGGUACAGACAGAAAUUUGUUUUCGAUUGGUUUUUAGCAGAUAAGAUAAACCCAUCUCUUCCUAAGAACUACUAUAAAAACAGCCAAGUUUGGAAGUUGGCAAGUCAUUUACCAAUAUCUAAGUGAGCAAAGAGCAUGGCCAAAUCUUUCUUGGGUUUUUUCCUAUUUUGCAUAACCCUAGGGUUAAGCCAUCAGGCUUCACUUUUAGAGAAUGAUUUCUAUACGGCUGGUGUGGUGGAGUUCCAACCUUCAAAUCUCUUGUCCGAUAAUCUAGACGCCUAUUUGGAGAUCAUUCAGUCGAAAAAUGCCAGCUCUACGGACAUUAUUGUCUUCCCAAAGAGCACCCUCAAUAAUAUGGGUAAUACGAGCUUUGUACCUAAUCCCGAGGAUCAGAUAAAUCCCUGUUUGACUGAUCCGAAUGCCACUUACUACGAGGAGUUCCUGGUGACCCUAUCGUGUGCGUCCCGCAAUGCCAGUAAAUAUAUCGUGAUUAAUCUGACAGAGAAGCAAAAGUGCGAGGAUGUCCCUGAGGAUACGAGACCAUGUGCAUCGAACGGACUGAAUGUAUUCAAUACCAACGUGGUCUUCGAUCGUCAGGGAGUGGUGGUGUCCAGAUACCGAAAGGUGCAUCUCUCCGGUGAAGCCAAUAACAACACUUACCUGCCUGAACUGAGUACUUUCGAGACGGACUUUGGGGUCACCUUCGGGCACUUCAUCUGCUUCGACAUCCUGUUCUAUACUCCCGGCCAUCAGUUGGUGGAUCAAGGAGUCACGGACUUCGUCUACCCGGCCAUGUGGUACUCCCAACUGCCCUUCCUUACAGCUGUUCAGUUCCAACAGGGUUGGGCUUAUGCCAACGAUGUGAAUCUUUUGGCAUCUGAAACCAGUCGUCCCUCCAUUGGAAAUAGUGGUUCGGGAAUAUAUCAUGGACGUUCUGGUACGUUGACCAGUGUUAUGAGGCAGGACUCCGGUGAGAGGACUAUCUAUGUGGCCCAGGUGCCCAAAUAUACCCGCAGUAGAUCCCUCCAAAAACGUGUUAGGAGGAGUACUCCGGAGAUCAAAACGCGACAGGUUGCCUCAAGCUCAAGUUUCUACAUGAAGCGGGAUUAUCUGCAGAACUAUGAGUCUGAUUUGCUGCAGAUAGACCAGGGAAUUAGUGGCACCAUCAAUAGAACGAUCUGCCAAGGCAGCUUUUGCUGUAACUUCGAUAUAGCCUGGAGAUCCCUGGAGAGUACGGUGCAGAAUGGUAGCUACUACAGCUAUCGGUUGGGCACCUACGAUGGUUGGCGAAACGAACAGCAGGUGGAUGCCAAUUACAUCCGUAAUUGCGCAUUGUUUACUUGUUCCGGGGACUCUAUCGAUGAUUGUGGCACCCUGCUGCCCACCGAGGGUGCUCUUCAGCAGCCCCGAGUGGCCUUCACGCGCCUGGUGAUCGAGGUCACCUAUCCGGAGUCGCGGGAGUUCCUGCUGAUCCCCGACACUCUGAAGGAUAAUCUGCUGCCCUUGGAGCCCAAUCAGUUUGAGUGGUCGCAGCAGAAGCCCCAUGAAGACAGCUACGUCCACGAAGUUCGCUUUGCGCUCAAGGAAUCGCAGGAGGUUAGCAACCUGUUGACCUUUGCCAUCUAUGGUAAUUACUACGACAACGAGUGCACUUUUGGAGUGGGCACCGAGGAGGAGCAGCUGGCCUGCGGAUACAGAAGCGGAUCCUCUGGAUUGACAAUCCUUGGGGGAUGGCUAACGAUGCCACUGGUUAUCCUGGUUAUCACCUGGAACAGGGCUUAAUGAGAUCAAAGUGUAUAUCCACAGAAAAUUACAAUUAACUUAAGAU